UUACCAUUGAAACACCCAAAACCAGCAUCGUCGGUGAUAAAUUGCAUUUAAGCUGUCCGGAAAAUGACUGAAAAUCAAUAAAAAUAAUUAAUUAAGAGAAAAAUAUCAAGUAAAAAGAGCAAGAUGAACACAAAGUUGUUGGUAACAUUGGCAUUUGCCGGCUGCAUUCGCUACUUUUUAAUUACAUCAAAGUUUGCGCAAGUGAUUCAGAACAGAAUUGAGGUUUCGACGCCACUAAACUCCUGGAAACGCAUCGAAGAAGGCGCUUUUCUGUACAAAAAUGGCGUAGAUCCGUAUAUCGGCGACGUUUAUCACGAGAACCCAUUGAUGUUGGUGGGAACGCACUUUCUAAUCGAGCAUUUAUCGAAAUUCAUUCCGGUUUUAUUCGUCGUACUGGACUUGAUCACUGGAGUUUUACUAUAUUUCAUGGCAAAAAGGACAUUCAAGGACCUGUUUACUCAAGAGCAAAAGAUCAAAUCAACCUUCGCAAAAGGCACGGAAGAGAUCCAGUUGAAAGAAAAUGAUGGAGAAACGAUUCCUUUUUAUACAUUCGUGGCAUAUCUCUUCAAUCCCUACUCGAUUUUAAGUUGUGUCGGUCAAACGACGACCGUUUGGAGCAAUUUCCUGCUUGCCGUUUUCUUUUUUUCAAUGACACGGAAAUGGACACUGCCAACAAUUGUCGCGUUAGCACUAGAAACCCAAAGAAACUUUUAUCCCGUUGUACUUAUUGUACCUGCGACGUUACUUUUGACCAAAGAUUCGAAGAAGCGAGUGUUGAAAGGAGCAUUUGUUGUUGCACUUUUCUGUUUAACGCUUGCAGGGAUGUAUUAUUCCGCAUUUAGCAUCACUGGCAACUUUAAAUUUGUCGAUUCAACCAUCGGAUUCAUAAUCUAUUAUCGCGACUUACAACCAAAUAUCGGGCUGUUCUGGUACUUUUUCACCGAGAUGUUUGAUCACUUCCGUACACUUUUCCUCUACACCUUCCAAAUUAACGCCACAAUUUUGUAUCUUUUGCCACUAACGUUCAAAUUACGAGACAAUCCAGUGUUGCUGUCAACUCUUCUGAUUGCCUUGAGUGCCAUUUUCCGCUCAUAUCCGUGCGUGGGCGAUCUUGCACUGUACAUGGCUCUCAUCCCGAUGUGGAAAACUGUAGCGAAAUUCAUGUCCCACAACUUCAUCGUAGGAGCGACAUUCCUCGUCACAUCCGUACUUGCUCCCGUUGUCUGGCACUUGUGGAUCUACUCGGCAUCAGCGAAUGCUAAUUUUUACUUUGGCGUCACUCUAGUAUUCGCUACUGCACAAAUUUUCCUGAUAACGGACCUCUUUUUCGCUAAUAUCAAGCGCAACUUUUGUCUUCAACACGGCAUGACCUUCGAGCUAGAUGGCAGCGAAGCGAAAAUGGCAUUAGAAUAGUAGAGUAUUUCAAUGAAUUGUUAAGCAAUUUACAAUAAAACGAGUUUUUA